CUUACUAUUCUUUUUAAAAUAAAAAAUAAAAUAAAAUAAAAUAAAAUAAAAGGUAAAAGUUUAAACAGGUCAAAUUCCCUCUGAGUACAGUUUUCACUGCACAGCACAGUUGGUCGUUGUAUUUUUUUUCCGUUCAUUUCAAAGCAUCUUCCUUCUCCCGUUUAAGUUCUUCUUUGACCCAGCGAUUGGCUAAGAGUGCUGUUUACUUCACCCAUAUUUGUGAAUUCAGGUUUCUCUCUGUUUGAAUUUCUAGUUUCUUUCCAUUAUGACUGAGAAGACACUUUGCGCGUUUUCAAUUGCUUAAAAAUUGCUGAGCCUCGUUUGUGGCCUGACACGGAGACAGUGCUCCACAUGCCCUGGAGAGGAGUCGGGGCCCUGCUGUGGCGGUGGAGUGCUUUGCCAGUGUGGGUUGUCCCCGGUUGGUGUAGUGUUCUUGAGGUCUUCUAUUUCCUUCUGAACUCACAUCUAGUUCGAUUAUUUCAUUUCUUAAGGUUAACAAGAGUCUCUUCUUGAAGUCUCCAGCUGUUACUGUAGAACUGAGAUGACCUCUCUCGUUUCUGGGCAUGUUGAGGGACAUAGUCUGAGGGCCUGAAGCUGGGUGUGUCUGGCUAUGGAGGUGCUCAACGUUCUGGACCCACUGACUCUUGUCACUGUGAUGUCCUCCAGCCCUUCAGCCCCAUGUGGCCUCCUCCUGAACCUCAGGGUCUUACUGCACGUGUUUUAUUUCUGGAAACGCUCUCAGAGUGCCUCUGGUGAGUCCACGCUCAUGAGGCGGCCAUGCGGGGCCCUUGCGCUCCACUUCAGUGCGUGGUGGCUUUCCUUGCUCGGUCUGUCAUCACUUUCUUCCUGCCUCAGAGCUCCUUUCGGCGCUUUGCUUGGCCCAGGUCCCGUUGUCAGCUUGUUCUCUCUGUGGCUCCUGCUGAGAAAGCCGGGGUUCCCGCCUCGUCCCUGUGACAGAUGCGCAGGUGCAGGCCCAGCGUGGUGCUUACCUCCUUCCUCCAGGAGACAAAGGUACAAUCUGCUGUCUCCAGGCCUCCAACCUUUCUGCCAGGACGUCCUCUGCUGGUCUUCUCUAAGGCACUGUCUCCUUGUCCCCUCUGACUGUUCUUCAGUUGUUCUCUGUCCUGGAUUGCAGCCCAAGCUGUGGCUUCCUGAAGUGUCCUCCAUUGUGGUUAACGUCCUCUGACAAUCUAAAGUACUUGUCUAGUUUACACUGAGAAUCUUCUCCACUUGGCUCACUCUCCUCUUCCUAGAAUUGGAAGCAUUUUCCCGCCACGUCCCGUACUUUACCCCUCCCUCCUCCAUGCUUAGAUUGAUCUUUCCUUGCCUCCCGCCCUCCACCAGUCCUUCUGGUUCUGUUUAAUGGGCUGUUAAACUCGCCUGCUCUGUUCUGACUUCACCUACUGUGUUCUUCAUUUCUCAAAUUUAUGUUUGAUUCUUGAUUAUAGAAUCCAAGUUGCCACUGAAAUUCUCCAUAUUUUCUCCUACUUUUUCUGAGAAAGUAAAACUCACAGUUACCUAAGCGCAGCCUCAAGUCAGACGUUGAGGUCUCCUGUAGCCCUGUUUCUGUUGCUUGCUAUUCUCUCGCUUGUGUGCCGGCCGCUCUUAGUCCACCUAGUAACACUGACUGAAUGGAAGAGGCCAUGGGUGAAAAAUGCAAAGAUCACUUGAGUCUUUGCUGGUGUUGCCUGGCUGCAGAGAGGAUAAACUGCUAAUUCUGGCACAGCCCUGUGCCAUGGGAGGGUCACCCAAGUGGAGCUUGAGCUGAUUUAGGUUGUGCUAUGCCCUUCCCCGAGGGCGCAGGCCUCCACUGAUGUUCAGACUUUCCAAUUGAAAGCCUGGGUGCUUUACCAGAGUCUCCCCUCUGCUCAGGUCCUGAGCUCUGACUUCUUCUGUUCCAUUCUGAGGAAAUGAAAAGCUCUGCUCAGCCCCUGGACCUCUGGCUGUGACCUGGCUCCAGGAGGAAGUCCACAUGCAGGAGGCCACAGGCUCUGUUCUCGGUCCUUCCCUGCAGUGCCUUUGGUCUCUGUGGGCUCCACUGCCCUGUGCCUGCUGCCUGCCCAAGGGGUUUCUCUGUUAGCCCGGCUGGUCGUUCCCUGACAGGCAGCCAGGCUGAGCAAGCCAGCUCCCCACCUGUGGAGCUCAACUUGGCGGAGCACCUCACACUGUUCAAGGAAAGGUCGGCCCCAAAUAGUCAUUUUCAGAACCCAAACUUACUCCUCAAUAAUUUCUUUACCAAGAAAGUGCAUUCAUUUCCAGAUAUUUCUGUCAGGAUCUCCUGUGUGUUGGGCAGCAUUUUUGGUGCCUGGAGAUAGUGUGGUGGCAGGAAGAGCCCGCGUCCGGCUCCCGGGACGUCCCCAUUGCCUGGGGAAAGGGAAGGCGGGUGAGAGCAGGGACCAGCAAAGACCCGCAGUCAGCAGAGCUCAGAGCCGCAGAGGAGAAGGCUGGUGAUAGGGCAAUGCGUGUUCCUGUACCACGUGGGACAAAUCCAUACCCAAAGCAGGCAGGGCUCAAUUUCUCCUCAACCUGCAGCCUGUAGGUCUCACCUCCCCCAAGAAAGCCUGUGUGGGCCCCAGGGACAGCGUGGGAGGCCUCCUUGCCUGGCAUCUCUCCUCCCUCCAGUGGCUCUUGAGUCCUCUGCAGGGCUGGGGACAGGUGAGGGACGUGGGGCAGCAGAGUUGGGCCUCACUGAGUCUGGGGCUGGCGUCUCUGUGACUGGUGCUCCAGCUGCGGCUUCUGCUCCUGCCUUGCCAGCCAGGACCUGCUUUAGGGGUCAGUGCCACGGCAGAAUGAGGCUGCGCUCCUGCAGUCACUGCACUUUCAAAAGACUGGGGGGGCCACUACUGCCUCUCACAACCACGCAGUUUGUGCCAGAGUGUGGCAGCCGUCCGCAGGGUCUUCUUGUAGCUCACUGAGACAGCCCUGUGGGAUGAGGGCUGACCCCAGUGUCACCACCACCUUUAGGACAAGGUACAGGUUUCAGCUCUGCCAGGUUCAGGCUGACAGGGGAAGUCCACUUAACAACUCACAAUACACAUCUCAUUCUGUAAUGGCAGAGGCGUGUGUGCUUCAUGUAUAAACGUGAAACCAUGAUCAACAAGACCGUUGGGAAGAAGGUGUUCGUGGUCCUAGAGACAUCAGCAAGUCCAUCCAUGGGGUGGGAAGUCCAUGGACUUCAUCUCUGCCACAUGGUGGGCAAAAUUUAACAGAGACACAGUGAGAGGCCCCCAUCCCAGAGCCAGGAUCAGGAGGCGAAGAGGGCAGAGUGAACAGGAGGUGGCCUGUGGUGGGCGAGGCUCCAGCCCACAUGAUGCGUCUCAUGGUCACAGGCUGGGAUGGUGGGCAUAGAUGCUGGUCCACUGACACCCCAGCCAUGAGCACUCCCAGACGCAGAUGGGCCCAGGUCACCCUUUUCCUGCUCCUGGACAGACCCAGCAGGAGAUUCACGAGCCAGACACACUGAAAACAAACAUCCCUGAUGACAGCAGGGCCGGGUCAGCAACAAGGAAGGAGAGGCCGGGGACACGGGGACAGGGAGAGGAUAAAAGCCCAGAGCCCAGCACCUCACACAGCACUCACACUCACUCACUCACUCACUCACUCACACCUCCCCAGCCCGACCCCGCCAUGGCCGCCUCCACCAUGUCCGUCUGCUCCAGUGCUUGCACCGAGCCCUGGCAGGUGGACGACUGCCCAGAGAGCUGCUGCGAGCCCCCCUGCUGUGAGCCCAGCUGCUGCCAGCCCAGCUGCUGCCAGCCCAGCUGCUGCACCUCAGCCCCCUGCCUGAGCCUCAUCUGCACCCCAUGCUGCCAGUCAGGCUGCACCAGCUCCUGCACGCCCACAUGCUGCCAGCAGUCCAGCUGCCAGCCGGCUUGCUGCUCCUCCUCCUGCCAGCCGUCCUGCUGUGUGCCCGCCUGCUGCACACCUGUCUGCUGCACACCUGUCUGCUGCAAGCCUGUCUGCUGCAAGCCUGUCUGCUGCACACCCACGUGCUCAGGCACCUCCUCCUCUUGCUGCCAGCAGUCCAGUUGCCAGCCAGCUUGCUGCUCCUCGUCCUGCCAGCCAAUCUGCUGUGUGCCCAUCUGCUGCAAGCCUGUCUGCUCAGGCACCUCCUCUUCCUGCUGCCAGCAGUCUAGCUGCCAGCCUGCUUGCUGUUCCUGCACCCCCUGCCAACCAUCCUGCUGCAUACCUGUUUGCUGCACGCCCUCCUGCUCCUCCGUGUCCCUGCUCUGCCACCCCGUGUGCAGACCCACCUGCUGUGUGCCCGCCUCCUCCUGCUGCACCUCCUCCUGCCAGCCCAGCUGCUGCCAACCAUCCUCCUCCGUGUCCCUGCUCUGCCGCCCCACCUGCCCCCGCCCGGCCUGCUGUGCCCUCUCUUUGGGCCAGAAGUCCUGCUGCUGACUGUCCUCAUCCCCCAGGGCCAGCAGGCUCAGGUCACCCAAUGCCAGAGCCCUCACUGCACCCCUCAGCCUGGUCCUGACCUGCAUUAGCAGAUCCCCUUCCCCUGAGGACAGGGCCUCCCCACCCUAUCCACUGUGCUGCCCUGACCCCUCCCUCCGGGUCCGCUGCUGAAACCUGCCCUGAACCUCCCCCUGUCAGCUCCUCACAGUGUCAAUAAACUUCACAUCACCCGAUUCUCCUCCUCUCGCGUUCAUGGGGACACAUGGUCUGGGCAGACCCAGGUCUCCCCUGGGCAUGGAUAUUCCUAGGAGCUAGGGACUUAGCUGAGAAGUCACAGGGGACAGUGGCUCACUCUCCUGGGGUCACUGGGUCAGAGUCAGGACCAUGCUCAAGACAGAGCACCACAGAGCAGAGGGGCCCUGGAGCCUCAGGCCCUGGGCAGAGGAGAGACCUCGUCACUCAGGACCGGGCGGGUGCUGCCUGGCAGUGGGGUGAGCCUGGCCCUGGGGACCUUUGGUCUGCACGUAACAUCUCCUCCAUGCAGCCUGAGAACAAACUGCCAGGCAGCUCAACAGCACCCAGAGCCCAGCCUGGCAAUGAACAUCGUUCGAGAGUCAGGAGGCACACAAAGGGGGGGACAGUGUCACCUGUGUCGGGGAUGAGCCUCCGGAGGGACCUGCCAGUCUCCCAGGUCGGGGAAUCGGUGACAAAAACUCGGAGUCUUCACCGGCUACACAGUGUUCACAGCAGGAAAGACUGGGCAUAUUCAUCAAGGAUGAGGAGGAAAAGGACACACAGGACAUGUAGGGGGGAAACCUACGACCUCUGAGGUGAAAAUCACAGGAAUGAUUAACAGCAAAUACACCAUGCUACAGAAAUCAGGUGCACCAGCGACCUCACAAGGGACACAUCUUCAAAGGAAGCACAAGAAGGAGCAAGAAAUAGCACGCUAGUGAGCUGGGGGAUGCAGGUCCCGCCCACCUGUGUAGCUGGACGGCCAACAAGCAGGGAGACAAGGCACAGUUGAAGGCUGGGAAAUCCCAACCUGUUCUGCAAGAAGAGCACUUUACAGGUAACGGAGACAGGAGAAAAGUUUAAAGGGGACCAGUAAGACUACGUUCAUCCCAAAUCAGGCACAAGGCGUGAAAGGAUACACCCUAAGAGAAAUCAGGGAAGCGGCAAGCAGUGACACUGUGACAGCCGGCGAGAGCAACACUCGUUCUGCAGAAGAAAUCAGUGAACAUCUGCAUCUGCGGAAGAUCGGGAAGACACGGCUAGGGACGGCGGAUGGCAGGGUGGGCGCGGCCAUGACGCACUGUCUGUGCAGGGGCUGGGCAGUGAGAGGACUUGGGAGACGCAAAAACCAAAGUCACCGCAGAGAGCCCAGGCCCCCUCACGUCCUGCACCCGCUCUUAACAGACUUCACUUUCAGAGCAAGUUCAGUUCACAGUGACACGCAGGGGAGGCCCCUCUCCACCAGCCCAGGCCCCAUCGCCAUCCUGCCCAGGGUGGACACUUUCACACACCAACAGCCCCUGCUGCCAUCACCCGGCCCCAGCUGCAGGGCACUCACUCAGGGCUGCGUUCUGUGGCUGUGGACCUGACCGCGUCCACCAUCAGCUCCCUGCACGCUCCUCUGCCGGCCCUCAAGGCCCUCUGGGCUCUGUCAGUGCUCCCUGUUCCCAGCCCCAGCCAUUCCUGACUUUAGUGUCUCAGAAUUGCCCCUUUCCCAAUGCCACACCCUGGGAGUCCCACAGCACACAGCCGUGGAGGACCAGCCGCUCUCCUGCCUCCUGGGCACUGAGCUCCCCUGGGACGUUUAAUGCCGUGAUAACUCUUUCUACACUCAGUAACAGUGCUUCACCUGCAUUCCGGUACUGCUACCGUCUGUCCACUCACCCGCUGAAGGGCUCUUGCUGCUUCCCAACUCGUAGCAAUUGUGAAUAAAGCUGCUAUCUACAUCCAUGGUGGAUUUCUGUGUAGACAUGAAUUUUCAGCUCCUUUGGGUAAAUAGCAAGACUUCUACUGCUGGGUCAGAACAGCAUGUUCUGUUUGUAAGGAACCACAAACCACCUUCCAAAGUGGCUGCACUGCUCUGCAUUUCCACCAGUGAUGAAGGAGGGCUCCUGGUGCUCCACAGCCUGGACACGUCUGAUAUGGGCCCUUCAACAGUGUGCGGUGGGGUCUGCGCAUUAGUGUAACUUUCAAUUUCUCAGUGAUGUGUGAGUUGAGUGUCUGUUCAUAGGCUGUUUGCCAUCAGUGCGUCUUCUUUGGCGAGCUGUCUGUUCACUUCUUGUGCCCUUUUCUUAGCUAGGGUGUUUGUUGUUGUCUUGAGUUUUAAGAUCUCUUUGCAUAUUUUGGCUAUCGGCACUCAUCAGACGUAUUGUAUCAAGACUCUCCCAGUCUGUGCAUCUCUUCUCACCUCCUCCACAUCCUAUAUCAGUUUUAAAUCAUUCUAAUAAAAAAGCCUUUAGGUCUAGAUUGCCCACAGAUGAGCUCUGCCAAAACACUGAAAGAAGAGAUACGUGACACUUCUACACAAUCUCUUCCAGAAAACAGAAGACAGAGCACAUGGCCACUCACUCUAAGGGGUCAGCCACACUUUGAUGUCCAGGACCAAGACACUACAUGGACAAAAAUGACAGAUCAAUGUCCCUAAUAAAUGUAGACAACAAAAUCCACAACAAAAUAUUACAAACCGAAUGCACUAACCGUCAAAAGGGUGAGACAGGUUGGGUUCACCUCAGGAAUAUAAGACUAUAACAGUAAUAAAAACCCAACUGACCUGCUUAUCAUCAACAUGGUUCACGAUGUUAAGAGACUGAAGGAGAAACCAGCACAAUUACAUCCACGGAUACACAGGAAAAUUCGUGAAGUUUUGGAUUUUACAAAUGCUCUCUAUGAACUAGAAAUAGGUGGGGGCUCACUUUCUAGCCUGGUAUAAGGUCUCCAGGGAGACAGCCCGCUUCACCAUCAGGGGUCCAGCACCAAAUGAUUUCCCUUGUGGCCAGCAGAGAGGCUGGCAUCUGCCGCAGCAGUCCUGUGUCACCACACUACACAGUCUGCCAGGUGAGAGCAGGGGAGACAAACGCAGGCGCACGUUUCAGAGAAGAGACAGCAUGAUCUCUGCUCUCUCUGAGCACAUUUAAUGCACUGUUCCUCAUAGAGGACAGGCUUGUUCACUCAGAAACCCCUGGAAUCAGCAGGAAGUCUCCUGGGACUGUAAGGUCCUGCAGUCAGGCUGAGGGAUGCCAGCUCAAAAUAACCAAAGCAGCAAAACCUGGCUGUGUGCUACACACUGAAAUACACAAUGAGAAUUCAACAAUACUGUUUCACAGGAUGAUUUACACUAGAGUGAAAAGACAAUUUGGCUAUCUGUCUAACAGUAUGUAGCUCAGGAAAACACAGUGAAAGAAGUCAAAUGAGACUUCAGUAGAGACUCCUGCCACGCCCUGCUGGUAAUGCUGCUGCCAUAUUCGGCUCCUCCCGAUCCAUCGUAGGUUCCAUGCUGCCCCAGUUAAAACUGCAGCAGAGUUUUUAUUCUGUUGGGGUUGAGGGGGCUGAAGGAGUGUUUCUGUGUGUGAGGUCCCCAAAGAAGGCAGGCAGAGACAGACAGCAGCAGCAACAGCAGGCAGCAGGGAGCAGAGCAGAGCAAGAGAAGCUGCAUCUUUACUGUUUAAUUGUUGUACAUGUUGUUAUCACAUAUUUACAUUCUUGCAUGCUGGCUUUACUGGCACAUGCGUGUUUGUCUAAUGCCGAGCCAUGGUUACAUAAGCAUAUCCUGCUCUGCACAUGCACUCAACAGUGGGUUCAUGUCCUUAAUGGGUCCUCAGAUACCCUGAGCUUUGACGUAGUCUGCUGUGGCUCCCCACUUGUUGAUAUCAACAAGCUGGUCCCAGAAUGUCCUUCCUGAAGCAAAUGAAUUAAAAAGAAAUUGUAAAAGAGUCAAACAUGAGGGCUCAACUUCCUGAUUUCAAGGUUUCCUAGAAAUCCACAGGAAUCAAGGCAACUUAGUGUUGGCAAAAAUAGGGACAAAAAUCCAUAAGAGAAAAGAGAGACACAGACUCAGAGAAGGCUGCUGACCACUGAGCAAAGGACAGAGGAAACUCAAUGAGAAAGGGGCGUAUUUGAGACAACUGGACAUCCAUGAAGAAAAGAAAGCUGAACUUCAACUGUCUCGAAUUCGUGUAAAAUUAAAUCAUAACUGGUCAUAGACCUAAAAGUAAAUUUGUAAAUGUUUGUUUGAGAAAACAGAGGGCAA